AGUGUGCCAGGUCGCGGGGUGUGGCGAAACCGGGGUGACCGCACAGGUUAUCAGCCGGCACUUCGUGUCCAAACACCUCAAGGCAAAAACGCCGUGCCGGUUUUGCAGAAGAUCGUACAGUCGACAGGAUGCCGCGCUGCGGCACCAGCGUAUCUGCAGACAGCGUCAUUAGACUCUACAGGGGCUGGGACAACCAACGUCUAGGCGUAUUUUCCCUCAAGAAGAGGUCGGCUCACCAGCCGCUCGUUCGGAUGCGACCCCCCUCGGCGUCACAACCCGCGCAAGCGCGCUUCGUCUCCCUCAUCCGAAGCAUCGAUACCGCUUCUACUUUUUACUCGUCCCGCCGUAUGCCACCCUUUCCCUCACGUUCUCCUGCUUGAUUUUCUAUCGUUAUGUCCUGAUGUAUUC